AGUAUACUAUGUCGAAUGCCGGCAGUGAUAAAAAGGUCAAAGUAUAUCUGAGUAUGUAUUGUUGCGGGUGACAUCAUCGGUAGUCUCAUCCACUUUAGUCGUUUAAAAGAUUUUAACGAUGACGGUUCGUUGCAUCCUAAUAGUGACUGUUAUUAUUUUGCAAUUAAGUUACACAGUUAAAUGUAGUGAUAAAGUGGAAAAUGGUGAUGAAAAGCAGACAUUUCCCAAUUACAACAGUAAAUAUCAAACGUUUCCGCGCACUUUUUCUGACGAUACACGAAAUGAUUUGAAGACUCGAAGUUUUCCAGAUGUAUCAAAAGUGACCGAUACCGAUGAUUUCAAAACAAGGAUAAUUGAGCGCAGAUGUGGCAAUUCUUUAUGUGAGAUCUUCAAAAAUCAUCGCGUGAGCAGACAAGCUGGGUAUUCACCAAUGUAUCCACAGCUGCCAACAUCUUACCCGUACCGGCAACCUAAUAAUACUUAUCAGUACAAUACUCAUCAGCAGAGUAAUCCAUAUGGUAACAAUCCCUAUCCUUCAUAUCCGAAACCUGUUGUACCAAUUAUUCCAUAUCAAAAUCCUGCCAUAAACGGACCAGCUUAUAACUCUUCUUUACCACAUAAUAUUAAUAAUAAUACAUCGAAUCACAAUUAUCAAAAUUCUAGACAUACUUAUCCACAAAGUCCAAGACCCCCAAUUCGUCAACCUUUUCCAAAUUAUGGAGCAAACAAUACAUCCGUGCGUUUACCCACUAAUCCCUCUUAUCCUUCCAAUAUAAACCAACCAACAAAUUCUUUCGGUACUGUACAAAAACAGGGUUAUCCUACUCCAUAUCCUAGAUCCAAUUUUACUAAUUAUAACAUUUAUAACAACAGGACACAAGGCGGUAUAUUACCUAAUAACAUCUAUUCGCAACCCAGACCUUUACCGUCGGGUCAGUUGAUAAAUAAUUCACGACCAAGUUACAAUGGUUUCCAUACAUAUCCGACAUCUAACUUCAAUGCAAACUUUGACGGUUACCAAAGUCCUAAUGGUUCAUAUUACAAUGGUAACAGUACUUAUUAUAAUCCACAAACAAACUAUACUUACAGAGCGCAUGUGAUACCUAAUUAUCCAAUUUAUGGAGCAAACAAUUCGCUUGGAAAUAAUAAAAAUAGUUUCCAUAUUCCUUUUGGGGGUAACAAUUAUUAUCCAAUUAAUAACAAUAAUGCCAAUACUAAUAAUGUUAAUAAUUCCGCACAUAAUCCGUAUCAAUGGUCGAGUACAAACAGACCUCAGACAACUUACACUCCUAAUAUACCUCAAUAUAAUGGAGCAAUGGAACCAAAUCAUUUUUAUUAUGUUCCUAAUAAUAAUGGCUCCAAGUAUGAUCCCAGCAGACAUCCACCAGAACGAUUUUCUUAUUAAACGCAUACGUUAUUAAUCUUAUUAAUGUACAAUUUAUCUGUAGAAUAGUUGGUGAACUUUUCUUAAUAAAUAUGUCAGAUAA